AUGGGACCAUUCCCAUCCUCCUAUGGGAAUAAAUAUACCUUGCUGGCAGUUGAUUAUGUGUCAAAAUGGGUAGAGGCUAUUGCAUCUCCUACCAAUGAUGCGCGCGUGGUUACCAAGCUCUUCAAGAAAAAGAUUUUUCCGCGAUUUGGCACACCGAGAGUAUUGAUUAGUGAUGAAGGGCAACAUAUUUUGGAAAAGAGAUUCGAAGGUGUAUUAAAGAAAUAUGGGGUUUAUCAUAAGAUUGGUCUGGGCUAUCAUCCGCAAACUAGUGGCCAAGCUGAAAUCAACAACCGAGAGAUCAAGAGCAUUUUGGAGAAAACGGUUGCAAGGUUAAGAAAAGAUUGGGCGAAUAAGUUGGAUGACUCUCUUUGGGCCAACAGAACAACAUUCAAAACCCCUAUUGGAACCACACCAUACAAGUUAGUCCAUGGGAAGCUGUUCCAUUUACCAGUAGAGCUUGAACAUAUAGCAUUUUGGGUAAUCAAAGCCUUUAAUUAUGAUCUACUGCGUGCUGGUGAGAAGAGGUUGUUAGAUAUAAACAAACUUGAUGAAAUACGCUUGGAUGCGUAUGAGAAUUCAAGGCUAUACAAGGAAAAGAUCGAGCGAUGGCAUGACAAGGAUUUUAUCAGAAGGAGCUUUGAAGUUCGACAAUUGGUGUUACUAUUCAACUCCCGUUUGAAGUUAUUUCCAGGGAAACUGAAGUCACGUUGGACGGGUCCAUUCAAGAGCACGAGGGUAUUCUUCUAUGGUUCCAUCGAGUUGUUAAAUGCGAAAGGGGAAACAUUCAAGCAUGCUUGUACUAAGUUGAUGGAUGCAGGAUUUGACUGUUGGGUUGAGAAAUCUGCAAAGGGGUAUUUCAAAUAUAACAUUGCACUCCCUAAAAUCCUUCAAUCCUUCUACAUUCACUCAUCAACAACAGCAUUUCACUCUUCAAAUUCAUCAAUUACAUCCACAUUGGUCCAUUCUCAUCAACAUCCAUCCAAAUUAGGGUUUGUAGGAUUGAGAAAUUCAUCAACCAAGACAAGCUAUAGCAUCAAGGAGGCAAAGGAGGAGAGAAAGGACUCCAUCAACACAAAGAGUUGA